AUGGACACUGCAGGCCCACAAAUGCCGUUAGUUAAUCUCUAUUCGAAUGUCCUCUCACCGGGAGUCAUACAAAACAGGGAUCUGUGUCAACCACAGCAAAAGCCCUUGAAAGUGAAGGAAACAUCUGCUGUAAAGAAGGCCUUCAAAGAUGACCGCAUGUACGUGUGCAAUAAAGCAAAUGUCUUCUACGUUUCAACGUGGGUGCUUCACACGCACGUAUUCAUGUUAUAG